AGCAAUGUAAGUAAUAAAGCCCUGCUGAAAAGGGGCUGGACCUCGGUUUAACCAAUGGUUUAGAAUAAGGAAGAGAAAUCUCAUUCCUUCCUGAUUAUUCAAAAAUGAAACUUGGCAGCCAAGAUGUCUGUGGAAGGGCUCCAGGAUGAAGCCUCUUUCUCCACCUGCCUGAAACUUCUCCAAGACCCAGUGUCCAUCCACUGUGGGCACAGCUUUUGCUGGGUGUGCAUCACUGAGAACUGGGAAGGGCUGACCACCAACGUCUCCUGCCCCCGCUGCAGGGAGACCGUGCCCCAGCAGAGCCUCCGACACAACUGGGAGUUGGCCAACAUCACUGAAUUAGCCAAGAUGUUGAACCUGCGACAGGUCAGAGAGAUGGAAGGAGGGGAGAAGUUGUGCAAGGAGCACCAGGAAACCCUGAAGCUUGUCUGCAAAGACGAGGAAAGGCUUGUCCGCAUUGUGUGCGACAGGUCCAAGGUGCACCGUAACCAUUCUGUGGCUCCCAUGGACGAGGCUGCCCAGGAGUACAGGAAUAAAUUCAGGCCCAGCUGCAGCUUCUGAAAUCAGAGCAAGAGGCCCUUCAACCUUCCAUGGAGAAAGAAGACAGAGUCCAGGACUACAUUGUAGGUCCCCAUUAGUUUUCCUUGGCAGAGGAAGGGGGGGAAAGGAGGAACAUCUCCUCUUCCUCUCUUCUCCCAUGGGUGGGUGGUGCUCAAGGGGUGUAGGGAAGGGAGAGCGGGUUUGUAACUUCCCCAAAUGCAUUU